AUGCCUGGAAGCAUCAUCAUUAUAAUUACUUGCUCUGAUAAGCGCCAAGACGAAGACGACGGCCUGCAACGAUGCAUCAACAGCCUUGCACAAACAAGGACACAAUUAGAAAGGUAUCACGCAGUGUGCCAACAGAGGACGUCGAGUCUUCUGUCCGGGAAACAUCGUUCCUCGAGGACAGCUUCGAUGCAGCUGUGGAGUCCACAGAACGAGCCCCUGCGAACAGAAGCACCCCGGAGACGACCACUGGGGGCGGGCACUCGACUGCUGUUAGUAGAACUAAUAAUUCGCACCCGGACUCCGCAGGAUCCGGAACCGUCACUGAAGUCCGCGUUGCGGACGCCGGUAAGAUCGUGCCUGACGGCCGAACCGUCGAGCGGCAAGAACCUCUCGGUGGCGACGAGGCGACCGGCGGCGUCUUGUCGGCGCUACUUCCGGUAACGUCGCCGACUGAAGUGGACAACGUCGACGUAGCAGCAUCCCCACCCGCGGCGAAGGACGAUGUGGAGCCGGUGUCCUCGGGGUCGCCUGUGCCAGAAGGUCAGGUUGCAGGUCAACAGUUGUGCGAGACCGGCGCGCAAAGUACUUAUGUGACGCAUCCCGGGACACCCCUAGUACCAUCUCCAGACACCAUAGGCGACUGGAGUGCCGCGCUCCACGCUUUGUACAUGCCGAUCUCCUCGGACGAGAGCUACGAGAAGACGUCGGUGGGCGGCCUGUGCUUUCUGCUGAUCGUGCUGCCCGCCGUGGCCAUCACCGUCAUCUACAUCCUCGCCUAUGUCAAAGGCCGCAGCCCACCGGCGAUUGCCAAGUUUGAAGUCUCUCCGCUCACUGAACUCGCAGAGGUAUGUCCGGGCUCAUACGCUGCCUGGCCCAUCAGCGGCUGCCACGAGGUGAUGUCGUCUGUUCUGGAAGCCUCCAAUCCUCACGUGAAACCCUGCAGCGAUUUCUACGAGCAUGUGUGCGGUUGGUGGUCCCGAUGGAAGGACAACCGUUCCUCGCAGGCCGAGGAACACGUGCGAACCUUCAACUAUCGCGUCAUGUCGUCCUUGCUAGGCGUUGCUCGCGACGUCGAAGCCGCCCACAAGGAUCCGCUCGCCCCGUCGGACCAGAUGGCGCUCUUCUACUCCAGCUGCUUCUCGAUGGCCGUCACUUACGGCAACGCGGGGGGCAACGCCGGCGACGUCCUGACAGCCCUGGGCACCAGCGUCGAUACGUGGCUCGGCUCCCGAACCCUGGGCUCCUUCCUAGAGCUCGUGGUUUCGGCGAGUCUCAGGACUGGCCUGCCUUCGGUCAUCGCCGUGUGGUUCAAGGACGAUACGUACAACGUUGACGUCGGCAAGACGUUGGCCUCCACGCUUGGCGAGUACCGUCCGGUCGACACUAAUUACGUCGACGCCUUAGUCCGGGACUUAAACGGCACUCGUGGCUCGGUGUCAACCAACUGGUCAGCCGCCAUCUUGGAACUCGACUCGAAACUGGAGGAGAUUCGUCGCGGCGCCGGAAAGAAGGCGUGGUUCGUGUUCGGGAGUCCCGACCAAAUUCGCGCGCUCGCGGCCUACGGCGUCAACUGGACGCACGCGGUGGAGCGAGGAUUGCCCGAGUGGCUGCGAAACAAGACAACCACCGUGGGCGGCCACGCCCAAUUCCAAGUGCGGGAGGCCCGCGUCAUCGUACGGCUUGUGGAUAGGCUACGGCCGGAGCCGCUCGAGCUUGUCGGCCUCUAUGCCCUCGUCGUUCUGCUUUCACAGAUAAUGAAGUACAAGGUUUCCAUGCAACGAACAGUGGCGGCGUUCAGCUCGCCCGACCGGAUGCUGUGGUGCCUGGAGCAGACGGCCACCUACUUCAGCGCCAUCUACGCAAACUGGGUCGCCGCUAAGUUCCAGGAUAAGGAGGACGCGCAGACACUGAAGGAGAUGUUCGACCACGUCGUGGCCACCCUGAGCCGCGACAACAGGGUCAACGCAGGCGUCGUGGUCCGCACGCACCGUCUCCAGAGGGCGCGGCUGGUGCUUCUGGGCAAAGGCACCGAAGUGCACCACGAACGCACUCGAGCCAUCGGCCGCUUCUUGCAUCCUCUGAAGCACCUCGAUCCCGAGCCUGCGAAGAGUUCCCUGGUGCUUCGAUACUCCAUUUGGUACGCCAAGUGCUGUCGGAUCCUGGGAUGUCUUUACAUCAGCAACCUGAACGACGCGACCCUGAAAACGAACAGGGCGACGUGGAAGAGCCCUUACACGCUGUACUCCGCUGCUUUGCUGACGAUGGUCGCAGUGUGCGAAGGAUCCAACAUCGUUCAGAAGAGCAGCUGCAAGGAGGACUUGAAAUGCAAGCUCACAGAUUCUAUCGGCGUCGUGGUUUACGCAUUAACCGGCGUGCAAGUGUUCAUGAACAUCGUAUGCCUGGUUCGCGGUUCCGCGAGGAUUCUGCAGCUUUUACGGGAUUCCGUGGCGUUCGAACGGUCCAGCGCUUUCAAGCCUGUCGCCAGGUCCUUGACCCAGGACCGUUCCUGGUUCAAGGUUGCCCUGAGGGUAUCCGUGCUGGUAGGCCUGGUUGCGACGUUUUCGUUUCUCGGCAUGGUACAGCACAAGAACCUUCAUUCGAGUCGCCAACACUGGCACCCCGUCCUCAAGGUCAUGGCCGUCUGCAGCUCGGUGAUGUUCGUACUGUGCGGGUCAACCAUGUACGUGUCCGCGACCUGUUUCUGCGAAGUCCUGGUACAGUACGUGAAGGCCCAGGCCACCGCCUUCGAGGAGUGCCAGGCGACCUGGGCGUCCCGUAUGGCGCUUCGAGAUGCGGCAGCCAGGAUCGAAGCAGUGCGCGUCAACGUCUGCAAGAUAAGGGCCCUCAAGAACGCCGUCAACGAUGUCUGGAGUGUGGCAAUCGUAACCUCGUCGGCCUGUCUUGUGGCCAUGUUGUGCACCACUCUGUACAUGUCGUUUUACAUCAAGGUGGUUCACGAGGAGGCCUGGUUGCGAUUCACGUACACGGUGUACAGCUCCCUCUGCUUUGUUGACCUGGUGCUCGUCAGUAGUGACCUAGGAAACGAGGUCGAAAACUUGAAGGACGCCACCAAACCUAUGAGCUUGCUUGAUGCAACGGAUGCUUACUCGCUGCAGGUGAGCUACCUGCACGACAUAAUUGAGCCCGACAGCAUGUGCCUCUCGGCGGGACGUUUCUUCCGAAUCGACCGGACCCUACUCGUUACGAUGGCCGGUACCAUCAUCACAUUCACAGUAAUCCUGGUGCAGACGAGUGACGAUAUCAUGCAGGGGAUCUGAAAGACGGCAUGUCUACUCGUUCGGCGGCGGGAUACGUCUAGUAGACGUCUUUAUUAAACUUGGUAAAGCACGCAGUCAUGUGCAAACAGCCGGA